AUGCCCAGUAGCAGCACGUGGAACGAUUUAACGAUGCGGAGCUUCCACUACGUUUGGAUGUCCAGCGCAUUUCUGCUGACGUUGAUGUGUCACAGUGCAACAUCUCAAACCUCAUCUGGACCACUCCCCGAACCGGUGUGUGGUCAGAUCUCGCAAAUGCUGGACAGCUGUUUCCGCAACUCUUCCCCAUCGAUUGCCGUGGAGCUGCUGUACUCCGUCAAGAUACCGGACUCGGUGGAGGAAAUUAGUGACCGGUGUCUACUGUUCAACCGAGGCAUGGAAUGCGUUCAGCACUACUUGAACGUGUGCGUCGACCAGAAGGAGCGGAAAAUCAUCGAAAACGAGGUGUACGGGGCAAAACGAUUGUACGAGUUCUUGUGCCGGGACCGUUCGUUUCAGAAGGAGUUUCUUCGGCAUAAGGCAUGCUUUCGCCACGUGCACCACGACUGGGACGUCUGUUCGAGCAAGUUCGUCGGCAUUCUCAAGGAGGAAAUGUCCAAAACAACGAAGCAAUCGAUGAACGUGCAGUACAUGCACUUCUGCUGCGCUCGGUAUGGGUAUGAAAAUUGCGUGUACAACAGUGCCCGGUACAAGUGUCGCCAUGAUUCGGCCAUUUUUCUACGUACCGUCGCAAAGUUGCUGUCCACCGAUAGACACUUUCUGAACUGUGAUAAGAUCGAACAGGAGGUCUGUUCCGCUGGGAUGAAGAAGCAUGCCUUGGGAAGAAUUGCGCUGGCGUUCGGUGUGAUGGGUUUGGUGUGGAUUUUCGGAAUCGGAAGAUAUUUCUUAUUUGACGGCCAUCAAUAA